GUGAACGUUUCUACUUCCGGUUCACUUGACGCAACAUCCGUGUCACUUCAGAGUUGCAGUUCUUUCUUGUACCCUUCUUCUAACCAAACGCGUUUCUUGAAAAAUAUUCUCAUCGGAUGCGACAAAAUACUACUGACUGAAACCCAAAGAGUCGAGACGUGAAUGCUGAGGAGAGGAAAUCCAGGCCACGACGAGCACCUGCAAAACCAAAGAAAAUGAGGUGUCCCGCAGACGUCAUUAUAGAAGAUCUUCACCCUGAAAAGCAUGAUGCCCUCCACGUUAAACAAGAGGAGGAGUCAGAGAUGCCAAAGAUCAAACAGGAGGCGGAGCCAAAGAACCCCUUCAUUAAAGAAGAGGAACAGGAAGAUGAAAUCCCCACAUUUCCAAUGACUGUCAUUGUGAAGAGUGAAGAAGAUGAAGGUCCAAGCGAAGAGAGCGGAACAGAGAAGCCGUCAAGCGACAGCUCAUUUCAACACCUGACAACAAAAGGAGAGGGACGAUCGCAAUCGGAAAGCCUCUUAGCUCCGCUUUCGGACAGCGACGACAUAACGUCACACUUUUCUGACUUGAACACUGAUGAGGAGGAUGAUGACUUUGAGCAAAAUGAUUCAAAAUCCUCAAACAAGUCAUCAUGGAAAAGUGACAAAAAAGAUUGCUUGGUUGGGAAACCUUUUUCCUGCUCAGUGUGCGAGAAAAGAUUUUCUUUGAAGACUUAUUUAGAAAGACACACACGUACACACAAUGGAGAAAAGCCUUUUGUCUGCACAUGUUGUGGUAAAGGAUUUACCCAUAAGGGAGAUCUAAACAAACACACACGCACACACACUGGAGAAAAGCCUUUUGUUUGCACAUGUUGUGGUAAAAGAUUCAGCGAGAAGGGAGUUUUAAAAAAACACACACGCACACACACUGGAGAAAAGCCUUUUGUCUGCACAUGUUGUGGUAAAAGAUUCACCCAGAAGGGAAAUUUAACCAAACACACGCGCACACACACUGUAGAAAAGCCUUUUCCGUGCUCAAUUUGCGAGAAAAGAUUUUCUUUGAAGGCUGAUUUAGAAAAGCAUCAGGGUACACACACUGGAGAACAGCCUUUUGUCUGUACAUGUUGCGGUAAAAGAUUCACCGAGAAGGGAAAUUUAAACAAACACACACGCACACACGCUGCAGAAAAACCUUUUCCCUGCUCAGUUUGCCAGAAAAGAUUUUUUUUUAAGACUGAUUUAGAAAGGCAUCAGCGUACACACACUGGAGAAAAGCCUUUUGUCUGCACAUAUUGUGGUAAAAAAUUCACCCACAAGGGAGAUUUAAACAAACACACACGCACUCACACUGGAGAAAAGCCUUUUCCCUGCUCAGUUUGUCAUCAAAGAUUCCGUCUGAAGGAAAAUUUAAAAAGACACGCAACAACACACACUGGAGAGAAACCAUUUGCUUGCUCACUUUGUGAGAAAAGAUUUUCUUCUAAGUCUCAGUUGACAAAACACACAUUUACACACACUGGAGAGAAGCCUUUCGCAUGCACACUUUGCAACAAAAAAUUUGCUCAGAAGAUUGUUUUAGAACGACACAUGCGUACACACACUGGAGAAAAGCCUUUUGUCUGUACAUGUUGUGGUAAAAGCUUCAACCAGAAGGGAAAUUUAAGCAAACACAUACGCACACACACCGGCGAGAAGCCUUUCGCCUGCACACUUUGCGGUAAAGAUUUUCUCAGAAGGCUCGUAUAGAAAAGCAUAAGCGUACGCACACUGGAGAAAAGCCUUUCCCCUGCUCAGUUUGUCAUAAAAGAUUCCGUCAGAAGGGAACUUUAAACAAACAUGCAACAACACACUCUGGAGAGAAACAGUUUGCCUGCUAAAUUUGU